UUUAGUACCGAGCUAACGCAGCUGCUACAACAAGCUAAGAAAACGCCUCUGAAACUUGAUUACCAGUGCAUCACAGUAGUCUUCAGUUCAGUUUUCAUUCCUUCAUUAGAAUAAUACAUUAGAACCAGCCACUGAUUUUAGGGGCACCAUGGCUAUGUGGAUCCAAGCCCAGCAACUACAAGGUGACGCUUUGCACCAGAUGCAAGCUUUGUAUGGACAGCACUUUCCCAUUGAAGUGCGACACUACCUGGCUCAGUGGAUUGAAAACCAGCUAUGGGAUUCGGUAGAGCUGGAAAACCCCGGAGAGGAGGUCAAAGCCAAGCGAUUGCUGGACAGCCUUGUGGCAGAGCUCCAGAAAAAGGCUCAGCUUCAGGGAGGAGAGGAUGGUUUCCUCCUUAAGAUUAAACUCGGUCACUAUGCCAACCAGUUAAAGAGCACAUAUGACCGUAGUCCAUUGGAGCUUGUACGCUGUAUUCGACACAUCCUGCAGUCGGAGAAGAGGCUAGUUCAAAAUGCUACAAAUGCGAGUUGUGGUACAGAGGGUCAGUCCAUGGAUAGUCUGUCCCAGCGCCAUCAGCAGAUCAACCAGGCGUUUGAGGAGUUGCGGCUGGCCACUCAGGAGACUGAAAAUGAGCUCAGGAAGCUUCAGCACAGCCAGGAGUACUUUAUCAUUCAAUAUCAAGAGAACCUUCGCAUCCAAGCUCAGAUAAGUAGCCUUGCCUCCCUGCCAGCCGCUGAGCGCACUCAGAGAGAGCCAGCCCUCCAAAGUAAGAGGGCCACAGUGGAGUCAUGGCUCACCAGAGAGGCCAGUACGCUCCAGAAGUACAGACUUGAUUUGUCUGAACAACACCAGAAGACCUUAGCUCUCUUGAGGAAACAGCAGACGCUAAUUUUGGAUGAGGAGCUCAUCCAGUGGAAACGGAGACAGCAGCUGGCUGGCAAUGGAGGUCCACACGAAGGGAGCCUGGACGUGCUUCAGUCCUGGUGUGAGAAACUGGCUGACCUAAUUUGGCAGAACAGGCAACAGAUCCGUCGCUGUGAACACCUGACACAGCAGCUGCCUCUGCCUGGCCCCAUGGAAGAGCUACUGACCAAACUCAACGCUGAUAUCACAGACAUCAUUUCGGCCCUUGUCACAAGCACCUUCAUCAUUGAAAAGCAGCCACCUCAGGUGUUAAAGACUCAGACCAAGUUUGCAGCCACUGUGCGCCUCCUAGUGGGUGGAAAAUUAAAUGUCCACAUGAACCCACCUCAGGUCAAAGCUGUAAUUGUGAGUGAGCAGCAGGCCAAAGCACUGUUAAAGAAUGAAAGCACACACAGUGAAAGCAGUGGAGAAAUCCUGAACAACAAUUGUGUGAUGGAGUAUCACCAGGCCACAGGGACCCUCAGCGCUCACUUCAGAAACAUGUCCCUAAAGCGGAUCAAACGCUCGGAUCGACGUGGCGCCGAGUCAGUUACAGAGGAGAAGUUCACUGUCCUGUUUGAAUCACAGUUUAGUGUUGGGGGCAAUGAGCUUGUCUUCCAUGUCAAGACUUUGUCUUUACCAGUGGUGGUAAUCGUUCAUGGUAGCCAAGACAACAACGCCACAGCUACAGUACUGUGGGACAAUGCCUUUGCUGAGCCAGGUCGGGUGCCCUUCAUUGUCCCAGACAAAGUGCUGUGGUCGCAGCUGUGUGAGACUUUGGACAUGAAGUACAAGGCGGAGAUGCACAGCACACGAGGCCUGUCUGAGGAUAACUUGGUGUUUUUGGCACAAAAAGCAUUCAGCAGCACCAGUAACAACCCUGAAGACUUCCGCAACAUGACCAUUUCCUGGGCCCAGUUCAACAGGGAGAGCCUGCCUGGACGCAACUUUACCUUUUGGCAAUGGUUUGAUGGAGUUGUUGAGCUCAUGAAAAAACACCUAAAGCCGCAUUGGAAUGAUGGGGCUAUAUUGGGCUUUGUCAACAAGCAGCAGGCCCAAGACAUGCUCCUGUCCAAACCAAAUGGGACUUUUCUGCUUCGCUUCAGUGAUUCAGAGAUUGGAGGCAUCACCAUUGCCUGGGUAGCUGAGAACCCCAACAAAUCAGGUGAGAGGCUUGUCUGGAAUCUGCUGCCUUACACCACCAAGGACUUCUCCAUUCGUUCACUCGCUGACCGCAUCAGUGACCUCAAUCACCUGCUGUUUCUGUAUCCGGAUAAACCUAAAAACGAAGUAUUUGCCAAGUACUACACACCCCCACUCUCCAAAGCACCAGUUGAUGGAUAUGUCAAACCACAGAUCAAACAGGUUGUUCCAGAAUUUACCAGCCCCAAUCCUGAACCUCCCGCCUUCAUGGACCAGACUACAUCCCCUUCUGUGAGCCAUCCAAGCAGCUUCACCGUUUACCCUCCCAUGAGUGACGCCAUGCUGGAUGCUGAUGGAGACUUUGACUUGGAGGACACGAUGGAUGUGGCUCGUCAUGUGGAGGAGCUGCUUCGCCGACCCAUGGCAAACCAAUGGGGAAACCAGCAGACCUGAGGACCCCCCACGUACCCAGUCCCCAACUUUGUGUAAGGGGCUAGUGAGCCCUUUUUAAAAACACAUUUGUUUGUAAUAAUAUGCCUGGUUUGACCCAGUCCUGUUAUCCUCUCUCAGGGCUUUGUCAUUAAUUUGUUCAAAGGUUUUGGUCAUUGCUGCAUUUUGUGUGUGUGUGUGUGUGUGUGUGUGAGAUAUUUUAAUUAUGCUUUACACUUGUGAGUUGGGAACAAUCUACAUUUAUAAGAUUACUAUUUUUCCAUAUAACAACUUAUAUAUUAAUAUAUACUAAAUGUUGAUGCAUAGUGGGGCUAGCUUGUGCUAAGUAUUACUGUUUGUUCCCAUGUAUGACCAUGUAAUUCUAUCUGUCAUGUCAGAAAUAUCUAAAAUAGCACUUCGUCAGACAGUAGUAUGGUAGUAGUACUUUUCUGAGAAACAAGCGGAAGAAUGGCAAAUCCCAAAAGACCAGUUAUUCAUCAAGUUAUAAGUUAGAUUUAAGAAAAUAUAUACAUGUUGCAAUUGGCAUUUAUUUCUAUCCACUACACUUGCCUUGCACAAUUUUACAUGGCUUGAAUUAUAAAUACAUUCAAAUAUGGAUCGCAAGAAAUUUGUGACAAUUUUUUGCCGUCUGCCUGGUUCGAUGUAAAUGUAUAAAUGCCUUUUUGCCCUGCAAAUAUUUUUAUGCUUCAGAAUGCCUUUUUAAAACCCAAUGUUUGUGCCUGAACUAUUGAUAAUUGAGUUAGUAUUAUCAGGUUUUAGAACAGGUAAUUUGUUCUAUUAAAAUAUUGAAAGUAAUGCCAGAAUAUUACAGCAACCUGUGCCAAUUAUUUGCAUAUUAUGUAUAAAAAAGCUUAUUGUAUGAAAAGCAUAAUCAUUUAUUACUGGACUAAUUUGCCUUUGUCAGAACAAAAAAGUAUGCCAAAAUCAGGCAGAUUUUUUGACAUACACAGACCAGGAGUGCAGUCAUUGUAAAAUGUUUGCACUAUUGAUAUUGUAGGGCCAUUGAGACUUAAGUCUGCCCAAUGAAAUCUCUGAUCAUCAAAAAAAAUCUGUUGAAUCAAUUGCUUGUGUGCACUUGAAAUUGCUUAUGCUUGUAUGGGUAUAGAUAUGCUUGUGCCUUGAUUGUUACUAAUGGAAACUAAUGGGCAGAAACUCUGGGAUAAUUUCUACAGCUCCACUUUCUGUCAAAGUCUAUGUAAGACUUGCACAUACAAAGUAACAGUGAAUGCGGUUAACCUCAGGAAAUCACACUAUGGCAGCCUAUAGAUAUCUCUGUAAUCAGGUCCAUUCUAAUUAAGCCAAAACUUGUAUUGUUGCUUAUUUCAGCGCUUUUGCCUUAUGCUUUAGUGUAAACCUAUACUGUUUACUUCUAACUUAAAGUUGAUCUCACCAGCAGAUCUCUGUAGUCCAGUUUGUGUGGUGUACAGCUAUGUGGAACUGUUUUAUUUUGAUAAAUAAACACUUUUAUAUGAAA